AUGGUUAAGGAAACCACUUUCUACGACUGCCUGGGGGUUCCCGCCACGGCUACAGAGGCUCAGCUGAAGACCGCUUAUAAGAAGGGUGCUCUCAAGUACCACCCUGACAAGAACGCUGACAACCCCGAGGCUGCGGAGAAGUUUAAGGAGCUGUCGCACGCCUACGAGACUCUCUCCGACCCCCAGAAGCGUCAAAUCUACGACCAAUAUGGUGAGGAGGGCCUGGAGGGUGGCGCUGGUGGCCCCGGUAUGAACGCUGAGGAUAUAUUCUCCCAGUUCUUCGGUGGCGGCGGCGGCGGUUUCGGUGGAAUGUUCGGCGGUGGCAUGCGCGAUACCGGCCCCAAGAAGGCCCGCACUAUCCACCAUGUGCACAAGGUCAACCUGGAGGACAUUUACCGCGGCAAGGUCUCAAAGCUGGCCCUGCAGAAGUCAGUCAUCUGUUCUGGCUGUGAUGGCCGUGGUGGCAAGGAGGGUGCUGUUAAGGAGUGCUCCGGCUGCAACGGUAGCGGUAUGAAGACCAUGAUGCGCCAGAUGGGCCCUAUGAUCCAACGCUUCCAGACCGUCUGCCCCGACUGCAACGGCGAGGGCGAGAUCAUCCGUGACAAGGACCGCUGCAAGAAGUGUAACGGUAAGAAGACCAUUGUUGAGCGCAAGGUCCUCCACGUCCACGUCGAUAAGGGUGUUCGCGAUGGCCACAAGAUUGAGUUCCGUGGUGAGGGUGACCAGAUGCCUGGCGUCCUGCCCGGUGAUGUUGUCUUCGAGAUUGAGCAGAAGCCCCACCCUCGCUUCCAGCGCAAGGGCGACGACCUGUUCUUCCAGGCCAAGAUCGACCUCUUGACCGCGCUUGGUGGCGGCGCUGUCCACGUCGAGCACCUCGACGACCGGUGGUUAACCGUCAACAUUGCCCCCGGCGAGGUUAUCACCCCUGAUGCCAUCAAGGUUAUCCCCGGCCAGGGUAUGCCCUCUUUCCGCCACCACGACCACGGCAACCUCUACAUCAAGUUCGAGGUUGAGUUCCCCAAGAAGGACCAGCUGCAGAACCUCGAGCUGCUCGAGAAGGUCCUGCCCCCACGCAUGGAGCAGACCCAGCCCCCGGCCGACGCCAUGGUUGAGGACUUCGAGCUGCACGACAUUGACGGCAGCGAGCCCUCGCAGGCCCGCGCCCACGGUGCUGCAGGCGGCAUGGAUGAGGAUGAUGACGAUGUUCCUCCCGGUGCCGAGCGCGUGCAGUGCGCCUCGCAGUAA